ACCAGACAGCGCGAUGCACCGCACCACCAUGGCUGUCAGCGCGAUCCUGGUGUUAAGUUGCGUUGCAACAGCACACGCUUGGGGCGGCUUGUUCAACCGCUUCAGCUCUGAUAUGCUGGCCAACUUGGGGUAUGGUCGAGGACCCUAUCGCCACUAUCAGAUGGAGCCGGAAGACGUCUAUGCUGAGGCUUUGGAGGGAAACCGCAUCGAUGACGUGAUUGAUGAACCGGCUCACUGCUACAGCUCCCCGUGCACCACGAAUGGCGACUGUUGCCGUGGAUUACUGUGUUUGGAGACAGAUGAUGGAGGUCGUUGUCUGCCGGCGUUUGCUGGGAGGAAGCUCGGCGAAAUAUGUAAUAGGGAGAAUCAAUGCGAUGCUGGACUAGUCUGCGAGGAAGUGGUACCAGGUGAGAUGCACGUGUGCCGUCCACCGUCAGCUGGCCACAAACAGUACAACGACGACUGCAACUCGUCCAGCGAAUGCGACAUCACUCGUGGACUCUGCUGCAUCAUGCAGCGCCGGCACCGACAGAAGCCAAGGAAGAGCUGCGGAUAUUUCAAGGAACCUUUGGUAUGCAUCGGCCCUGUCGCUACUGAUCAGAUUCGUGAGUUUGUACAACACACAGCCGGGGAGAAACGCGUUGGUGUCUACAGACUGCACUAAAUGCAUCCAUUCUCCUUUACACAGUAUUUAAUGGACAGUUAAACCUCUUUUACAUCAUGUAAGUUAAACAAUAUAAUAGUCCAGUGGGAUUUUAUUUGCACAGAGUAAUAUAGAUUUAUUUAUGUAUAGAUCAACAAACAGAGAGUUAUCAAAAAUGUCGCAACAUCUCUGUUGUUCAUAUUGUUAUUUUCAUUU